AUGAUAAUGCCUUAUGUUAUUGCAAGUUUUACAGGUGAUUUUGAGAAAGCUAAUUCGAUUUUGGCGAAUUUUGAUCAUCGUUAUCCAGGAUAUGCUGUUAUUGCACUACGUCGAAUAGGAAUCGAACGGCGCUUUGCGAUGAAACAAGCAGGAGAUAGAGAUUCUCCGGACUAUUCUUCUGUGAUAUCACGCUUUGAGCGUCUCAUACACGAUUCACGUACUCCACGUAAGCUGUCUGCAUUUUAUGCCCUGAAACUAGCAAGAUUUCAUGCCAAAACACGAAAUGAUCGUAGGCUCGCUGAAAAAAUCAUCAGGGAUGCAAUAAAUCGUGAUAAGAGCAAUCCACAACUCUACUUGGCGCUGGUCGAUUUAGCCUAUACUGCGCCAAUAUUUAAUGAACGAAGUGUGAUCGAAGCAUUGAAUGAAGUUCUUGAAAGUGACCAGCUUUCUGAUGAAGACAAACUUCGUUUUUCUCAGAGAAAGUUGGACUUUUUGGAGGAUUUGGGGACAGACGUUGAAGCCCUCCAGAAGCAUCUCGAAUAUCAUACACAACUUCAAAAAAGUAUUGAGAAUAUUGCUGUACCAAAUAAAAGAGUUGCUGAUUUGAGAGGUUCUAGUGAUCCAAUUGAGAAAAAGAUGCGGACAGCUGAAUGUUACACGGCAUAUUCAACUCACCAACAGCAGCAAUACUAUGCAGCUGCGCCUAGCACAGAUAAUGGUGUAGCAUCAGUAGCGGCAGCAUAUGGAACAAUACCAGCAGCAGCUACAGCUGGCCAACAACAACCACCGCUAUCCAACACAGCUCAAUAUUAUUAUCCUGGACAGCAACAACAGCAACCAGCGAUAGUUCAACCGGUUCCUGUUUUAACAACGAUUCAGCCGAAUUAUGUUCAACAGUAA